CACACACAGAGAGUUAGGCCGCUCCCAUCAUGAGGUGACCCACACAGACAGUUUCUCAAACUGUGUCACACACCUUGUCUCUCUCCAGGCUACUCUCUCUCUCUUUCUCCAUCUUGCUCUCCUCCGUCUCUCUCUCGCUUACAUACGGACACUGUUUUGUAAAUCAUGUCUCAGAGGCAGACCAAGCUAACUCAGAACCCUUUGGAGAAGAUUUGGAUUCCCUCCAUGAGUAGCAAGCUGUACCGACGUCGAGGGUCGUCCGUUCCCCAGUUCACUAACUCUCCUACCAUGAUUGUGAUGGUGGGGCUGCCUGCUAGAGGGAAGACCUACAUCUCCAAGAAGUUAACCAGAUACCUCAACUGGAUAGGAGUUCCCACUAAAGUUUUUAAUGUAGGUCAGUACCGGCGGGAUGCGACCCAGUCCUAUAAGAGCUAUGAGUUCUUUAGACCUGACAACCAAGAGGCCAUGAAGAUACGCAAGGCCUGUGCCAUUGCGGCUCUGAAGGAUGUGUGUGCCUACUUCAUGCAGGAACAAGGACAGGUGGCAGUGUUUGAUGCCACCAACACAACUAUAGAACGUAGAGAAGUCAUUCUCAGCUUCGCCAAGGAGAACGGAUACAAGAUCUUCUUCAUAGAGUCGCUGUGUGACGACCCAGAGAUCAUUGCUGAGAAUAUCAAACAAGUGAAGCUGAGCAGUCCAGACUACGCGGGUUGUGAUAAAGAGGAGGCGGUCGCUGACUUCCUCAAGAGGAUUGAGUGUUACAAAGUUACAUACAUAUCCCUGAACGACGAGAAGGACAGGAGUCUGUCAUAUAUAAAGAUCUUCAACGUUGGCAGCAGGUAUCUGGUGAACCGUGUGCAGGACCACAUCCAGAGUCGUAUUGUUUAUUACCUGAUGAACAUACAUGUAGCGCCGCGGUUCAUCUACCUGACCCGCCACGGAGAGAGUGAACUCAACCUUGUGGGACGCAUUGGAGGAGACUCUGGCCUGUCCCUACGCGGUAACAAGUUUGCCAGUGCUCUAGGAGGGUACAUACGUAGCCAGUGUAUCAGAGAUUUGAAGGUGUGGACCAGCCACAUGAAGAGAACCAUCCAGACAGCUGAGGGUCUGGGAGUCCCCUACGAACAGUGGAAGGCCCUCAACGAGAUAGACGCAGGUGUGUGUGAGGAGAUGACCUAUGAGGAGAUCCAAGACCACUACCCAGAAGAGUUUGCACUGAGAGACCAAAACAAGUACCGUUACCGCUACCCCAAGGGAGAGUGUCAAGAAGUCGAGGGACUGGAGGGAAGCAUAGGCUGGGAUGAACUCUGCCUUGUUGGCCGCAGAUCGGCAGUUCCAGAGGCUGCCGGAGACCUGGAACUCCACGUGGAUCGUGCGCGCUGGGACCACCAGGUUAGAGUUGCAGCGGCCACGUGGUGUGAAGUGUUUGUAUGGUCUGUGCAGAGAGGAGAGAACAGGGAUAGACAGACACAUAGUUGACAGGCUACAGAAGAGGCUACGCUAAUGCAAAGGAGAUUGGAAUGACAAGUGGACUACACAUCUCGAAUGUUCAGAAAGUUAAGCUUACGUUGCAAAAAUCUUAUUGACUAAAAUGAUUAAAAUGAUACAAUACUGCUGGCUGGUGAAGUAGGCUAGCUAGCAGUGGCUGCGUUGUUGACUUUGUUUGAAAGUGUUGCUGGCUAGGUAGCCUCGAUAACUGGCUAGGUAACCUCGAUAACCUCGAUAAUUACUCUAAACUACACAAUUAUCUUAGAUACAAAGACAGCAAAGACAACUAUGUAGCUAGCUAACACUACACUAAUCAAAUCGUUCCGUUGUAAUGUUUCGGUAGAAGUUGGAUAGCUGGCUAGCUAGCAGUGUUGACAACGUUAGGACGACGAAAAUAGCUGGCUAGCUGACUUUGUUUGAAAGUGGAGCUGGCUAGGUAACCUCGAUAACUGGUUAGAUAAUUACUCUAAACUACACAAUUAUCUUAGAUACAAAGACAGCAAAGACAACUAUGUAGCUAGCUAACACUACACUAAUCAAAUCGUUCCGUUGUAAUGUUUCGGUAGAAGUUGGCUAGCUGGCUAGCUAGCAGUGUUGACAACGUUAGAAGGACGAAAAUAGCUGGCUAGCUAACCUCGAUAAUUACUCUAAACUACACAAUUAUCUUUGAUACAAAGACGGCUAUGUAGCUAGCUAAGAAAAAAGUGCUAAAAUCAAACAAAUCAAACAGUUGUACCGUAAUGAAAUGAAAUGAAAUGAAAUGUAAUACUACCUGUGGAGCAAAGCGAAAUGCGACUACUCGCUCCAACCCGUCCUCUCUUUUAAAAGUGUUUUACAGCGAAAACAGCAGGUAUAUUUAUGUUAGCUCACCACCAAAUACAAAAAAGGACAGACAUUUUUCACAGCACAGGUAGAUGCACAAAGCCAACCUAACUAACCAAGAACCAACCAAACUAACGAACAAACAACUUCAUCAGAUGACAGUCUUAUAACAUGUUAUUCAAUAAAUCUAUGUUUUGUUUGAAAAAUGUGCAUUUUCAGGUAUAAAUCAUAAUUUACAUUGCAGCUACAAUCAGAAAUUGCACCGAAAGCAGCCAGAAUAAUUACAGUCACCAACGUCAAAUACCUAAUUACUCAUCAGAAAACAUUUCUGAAAAAUACAUAGUGUACAGCAAAUGAAAGACAGGCAUCUUGUGAUUCCAGCCAAUAUUUCCGAUUUAUUAAGUGUUUUACAGCGAAAACACAAUAUAGUGUUAUAUUAGCUUACCACAAUAGCCAGAAACACAAGCCAUUUCCCAGCAGCAAAAGUUAGCGAUCGUAACAAACCAGUAAAAGAUAUAUAAUUUUUGACUAACCUUGACAUUCUUCAUCAGAUGACAGUCCUAUAACAUCAGGUUAUACAUACACUUAUGUUUUGUUCGAAAAUGUGCAUAUUUAGAGCUGAAAUCAAUGGUUAUACAUUGUGCUAACGUAGCUACUUUUUCCCACAACGUCCGGAUUUUUUUCUGACACUUUUUCUGACACUCAUAUUCUGACCAAAUAGCUAUUCAUAAACAGAACUAAAAAAUACAUGUUGUAUAGGAAAUGAUAGAUACACUAGUUCUUAAUGCAAUCGCCGUGUUAGAAUUCUAAAAAUAACUUCAUUACCACAUAAGGCUUACGUUAUGGCGACCGAGUGCCCAAAACCUGGGCCCAAAACUAAUAGUACACAGUUCGACAGAUAUAUGAAAUAACAUCAUAAAAUGGGUCCUACUUUUGCUGAUCUUCCAUCAGAAAUUUGUACAAGGUGUCCUUUGUCAAGAACAAUCAUUGUUUGGAUUUAGAACGUCCUUUUUCCCUCUUGAAUUAGCAAGCGCACUAGCCAAGUGGCGUGAAGCUCUCCUUUCUGAACAAAGGCACACAACGCAACACGCCUAACGUCCCGAAUAAAUUUCAAAAAUCUAAUAAAACUAUAUUGAAAAAACAUACUUUACGAUGAUAUUGUCACAUGUAUCAAAUAAAAUCAAAGCCGGAGAUAGUUGUCGCCUAUAACGACAGCUUUUCAAAAGGCAAUUCCAGGUCCAUCCUCGCGCCUUCCUGAAAACAGGAAAUGGCUGACACGUCAUUCCAAGAGGAUUCAUUCCACUUCAGACCAAGAUAAACACUCCAUUUCUUCUCUCACAGCCUCUUGACAUCCAGGGGAAGGUGUAUGACGUGCAUGUAUACUAAUACAUAUCAUUCCCAUUUAUAGGCAGGACCUAGAAGAGAGCAUCGAUUUCAGAUUUUCCACUUCCUGGUCAGGGAGUUUGUGCCAAAUGAGUUCUGUUUUACUCAAAGAUAUAAUUCAAACGGUUUUAGAAACUAGAGUGUUUUCUAUCCAAUAGUAAUAAUAAUAUGCAUAUUGUACGAGCAAGAAUUGAGUACGAGGCCGUUUGAAAUGGGCACCUUUUAUCUGGCUACUCAAUACUGCCCCUGCAGCCCAAACAGGUCAAGUGUAUCUUCAAUCAUCCACCGGAGGGCAGAGAGGGGGGUGAGAGCCUAUUCCAACUAUGGCAGGAUGACCAGACCGCUGCCGAGUACGUGCUCCCCUUCCGCACUGUAGCAGCAUUCAGCGGAUGGAAUGAGUCAGUGCUCCAUACGUUAUUCAGAAGAGCACUGUGCGAGAAAGUCCAGACGGAACUGGCAUGUCGUGACGACAACCUCUCCUUGGACGCACACAUUGCGAUGGCCAUCCGUCUGGAUAACCUACUUCGGGAGCAUUGGUACCCUCAUCGCUUCUCUCCCUCCCUCAGUAACCACACUGUAUCAGAGCCUGAACCCAUAGAGAUAUAGGUCACACGCCUCCCGCGCUACUGAACGACAUAGACGGAAACAGCUGGUGCUCUGUCCCUAUUGUGGUCAAGGAUGGCACCAGCUUCAGCAGUGUCCGGUAUGUCCCAUCUCUGGUUUCACGAGAGCAGAGGGACUGUCACGUGAUCAUCCACUUCCUAGGGCAGGUGUCAGUAUCCCAUCAAAAUAAUUUUCUGCCAAACCCUUUUUAGUGUUGAUCACACUAGCUGGCUGUACCUCAUGUACUGUUUCUACAGCGCUACUGGAUUCUGGUGCUGAGGGGAACUUGACCAGACCCUUUCCUCCUCUUUGAACAUCACCUCAUACACGCUCUCCUCACCGUUUUUGAUUCAAGCCCUGGAUAAUUGAACACUAGGAUCUGGAACCAUUACACACAUCACCACACCACUUACCCUCUCCGUGGAGUCCACUCAUCAGUAAAACAUUCCUUGCUUCAUAAUUAGUACUCCAGCUGACAAGAUUAUCCUCGGCCCCCGAUGGUUCCAGCGCCAUAACCCCACCAUCUCAUGGUCGAGGAUGAAAAUCAUGGACUGGGCACCCGAUUGAUGAAGGACCUGCCUUCCCUCUCGAGUCGUAGCCCAUGUGGUCUGGGACGUAGAUGCGGACAUUCGCAAGGCUCUGGAGAGGGAGCCCGCACCCACUACCUGGCCUUCUGAGCGCAUCUAUGUUCCCACGGGGAUAAGGGAUUAGAUGUUGAUCUGGGCGCACACAUACCUCACCACUGGACACUCAGGUAUCACUCGCACUAUUCACUCCAUCUCUGAGAAAUACUCAUGCCGAUACCAAGACGGCCCUCAAAGAACUUCACUGGACUUUAACCUGUUGAGGAUGGGGGCGCUGUUGAGACUAUUUAUGCUAAUUGGGUAAUUUUUGAAACGGCUUCCCACAAAAUCCUUGAUCGUACAAUAUGCAUAUUAUUAUUAUUAUUGGAUAGGAAACAGUCUAUAGUUUCUAUAGGAGUUGAAAUUUUGUCUCUAAGUGGAACAGAGCCCAUUCUACAGCAAUUUCCCUGACAUGGAUUCAGAUUUCAGAAAUGUUGGCCACUGUUCUGAAGUCAGUUAAAAGGGCACUGUUAUUGCUAUGACUGUACGGACACUUCUUACGUCUUCCCCUGGAUGCCUUUACGUGAUGACGAUUCCAAUGGGGUCGAUUGCGCGUUCACAGGCCCUAUAA